ACAAGUAAAAAAUAUUUGUUGUGCAUGUGUGAUCCAUAUCAUAAUGCAUGCCACCUUAUGGAAUAUUGUACGCCGCCAUGAGUGGUUGUUUAACCGUAUCUUCCGCCGCAUCGGGUGAACUUGCUGCAGCCGCGGGUGUAGGGGCGGACGGCGGUGUGGGAGCGGCAGUUGUAGUAGGAAGGGCCGCGGCGGUUGCAGGGGAUGCUGUCCCUCCGCAUCGCCCCGUAGCUGAUGUACCGGCUCUGGAACAGCAACCGCCUCGACCCUUCCGACUCCAUCAUCAGCUCCUCCGCCGUCUGCUCGAUGUCCAUCGCCCCGCCGCUCUCGGCGCCGGCGAACGACUGCACCGCCGCCUGCAUGAAGCUCGACCCUUGGUCGAUGACGUUCAGGUCGGCGACGUUGAGGGAGAGUGCCGGCGGAGUGUUGGCCUGAACGAGGAGGAGGAGGAGGAGGAGGUUGAGCCCGCGCUUAUUCAUCGUUGGCGCCAUUUCGACGUGGGAUCAGAUGUUAUGAGCUGAGAGGGUGAAGAUUAUCAUUUAGUUGGUGUGUCAUUCGGCCAUAAUUUUUCUAGAGAAAGAAAAAUUCUAUUGUGUUCCAUUAAUAUCAUUUUGUGUAUAGAAAAUAUCUAUAAUAUUUUCUAAAUAUUAUUAGAAAUAUUUUCUAUAGAAAUAUACAAGAUUAUUAUUAUCCCAAUUUUAAUCUUUAUAUUUUAUACUACUAUAAUCUUUACUAGCAUAAAGAUUGUGGUAAACU